AUGCGCUUUCUUGGUAUCGCCGCGGUGGCCACCUUCUCCACGGUGGUCUCUGCUUAUCCUAAGAGCACCGCCCUCUAUAAUUGUGUGUCCAGUGUCUUUGGACCAUCGGCACCGCAACGGAUUGUCACGCCAAACGACACUACCUACCUGGAUUCUCGCCUGGGCGAAACGAUCCAGUUUGAUGAGCUCCCAGUCCUCCUCGCCUAUGCUCAAGAGUCCAAAGAGAUCGCCCCUCUGAUCCGAUGUGCUAAGACUGCCGGCAUCAAAGCGGUGCCUCGUGCCGGAGGCCACAGCUUCGAGGCCUACUCUGCUCUGAACGGCACGCUCAUUAUUGACAUUGCCCACCUCAACUACGUCAAUGUCUCCGAUGACCGUCAAACGGCCGUUGUGGGAGCCGGAAUUCGCCUCGGCGCUCUGUACACUGCCCUGAGCGAGCACGGAACGUCCUUCAUCGGCGGCAUCUGUCCCACCGUUGGGCUGGCCGGGUUCCUAGGCUCUGGUGGGUUCAACAUGCAGCAAAGGUCUCAAGGAUUAGCCGUCGAGCACGUUCUCGCCGCAAAGGUCGUCCUCGCUGACGGACGCACCGUUGUGGCUUCGCCAGAUACGAACCCGGAUCUCUUCUUCGCAAUCCGGGGUGGUGGCGGUGGCACGUACGGGAUUGUUGUGGAAUUCACAUUGUCCCUCACCUCGAUCCCGCGAUCUGCGAUGCUCAUGCUGAGCUGGAACGACACUGCGUCUCGGUUCCCUGCUGCCAAACAGUACCUCGACUGGGCUCCCAAACAGAUCCCAGAGUUUAUGUCUCAGAUUAACGUGUACCGAGACAAGGUGCAGGUCUUAGGCUGGUACUACGGCGGUACGGAAGACGAGCUCCGCUCGCUCGUGAAUGCGUCCGGGCUCCUGGAUAUUGGCAAGCCAGCGGUAGUCAUUGCGGGUGGAUGCAACACCGACAACGCGCGCGCCUUCGGCUACACGACAAUGGAGUGUCUGCCAGAUGGGAAAGUGGACGUGUCCAUCCUCAAUGUGGUCCCGGAUCCAUUUAGCAAGGUCGGCAACAGCACCCAAUUCAAGUGGAACGAGGUCCCAAAGUCUACCUCCAUGCCUGUCGCAGACCCCUGGCAACGCUUCCACCGCAUGAGCAAGUCUUUCUUCGUCCUCAAAGACAACCCUCUUACCGACCAAACCCUCCAAAGUCUGCUCGACCGCAUUGCCUCUCUCGACGCUAAAAGCCAGGUCUGGGGCGAGUGGCAUGCGUGGAACAUCAGCACACCUUCCAAGGGCAGUGGCAACGCCUUCGCCUGGCGAGAGAAGGCCUACGCGCAUCUUGAAUUCCAGAUCCACGGAGCACCGGAUGACAAGGAGCGGCAGUCUACUUAUGAGAACUGGCUCGAGGAUCUGGAGUCGUAUCUCAGGCCGACGGUUGGAGGGGCCAGUUACUCGGGGUAUCUGGAUGCGGAUAUCUCGACGGAUCCGUUGACGAGUUACUAUGGGGGGAAUGUGUGCAAGCUCGUUUCUGUGAAGAGGAAAACCGAAAAUGACUACUCCAGCAGUACUGUUGAACAGCUUUUCAUCGACUCCGACGUGAACGCACGAAAGAUCACAUCCAGAUAUCCAAUCCCGCCACCCGACAAGUCAAUAAAGACCGAGGAUAUUACCCUCCAGGAUUGCUGGGUUCGCAUCUACACUCCCCCGUCAGCGACCAGCAGUGGAUCAGUGGCGGUGUUCAUCCACGGCGGAGGCUGGAUCAUGGGAAGCCCGGACAUUGAAGAUGCGACCUGCCGACGGAUUUGUCGAUGCAGUGGGAUGACGGUGGUUAGUGUCGGAUAUCGAUUGGCACCGAAAUUCCAAUUCCCCACUGGUCUCAACGACUGCGUGCGAGCGACCCUGUGGACAUUGGGUCACUUUCCGGUAUCUGCCCUCGUCAUCAUGGGAGGCUCCGCGGGUGCCAACCUCGCUUUUGGUGUGGCGCUCAAACUCGUGGAUGCCGGGCUUGGGGAAAAGGUGAAGGGGGUCCUGGCUCUGGUGCCUGCGACUGUGCACCCCGAUGCCGUUCCAGCAGACAAAAGGGAUCAGUACACUGCUAUGCAUGAGAACGCCAACAAUACUGUCAACACUCUCGCUGCAAUGGAUUGUUUCUUGGACGCCUAUGCAGCACCACCGCACGACAAGUAUUUCUCGGUUCUCCUUCAUCCUCGCCUGAAGGAUUUGAAAAAGGUCUACCUGGUCGAAUGUGGAACUGAUACCUUGAGAGAUGAUGCACGACUGAUGCGGGAUGCUUUGGAAGAGGCCGGUGUGCCUCUGAUGUAUGAUGCCUAUCCUGGCUACCCUCACUACUUCUGGUCAUAUCCAUCUCCGGUCUUAGCGGAGGCGUCCGAGUCUUUCCAUGAGAAUAUGUUGCAAGCACUAGCAUGGCUUGAUCAAGAAUGA